AUGAUCUGCUGGAUUCGAUUUAUCAUUUUUUUCAUCCCUCCAUUUAUUUGUUCUUGUUUUUCUGAGAUUCCGCAAAAGCGUUUCCCAAAAGCGAUAAUAAUCGGAGUGAAGAAAGCCGGAACCAGAGCACUUCUUGAAUUUUUGCGACUCAAUCCAUCAAUAAAGGCACCUGGCCCUGAAGUACAUUUCUUCGAUCGAUACUUCGAUAAAGGAUUCGAAUGGUACAGAAAUCAAAUGCCGCUUACCAAUAGCAGCGAUAUAACACUCGAGAAAACUCCGGCAUAUUUUAUCAGCAAAACAGCUCCAGAACGAGUAUGGAAAUUCGAUAAAAAUAUGAGACUUUUGGUUGUAACUCGGAAUCCAAUUACAAGAGCUAUUUCAGAUUAUACUCAAGCACUAAGCAAGCGAAAAAAAGGGUCGAUAUUACCCACAUUUGAAAAAAUGGUUUUCAGUAAUGAGACAAAAGGUUUACCUUCCCGAAGAAAAAACAACCAAUUAGAUCGAAAAUAUGGUGUGAAUUCUUCCUGGGGUGCAAUUCGUAUAGGAAUUUACCAUCGUUUCGUUAAACGAUGGCUGCAGUUCUUUCCACUAGAGCAGUUCCACUUCGUUGAUGGCGAACGUCUUAUAAUAAAUCCUGCUUCAGAAAUUCGAAUCGUGGAGCAUUUCCUUGGUGUCAAACCGACUGUUCAAUCAAGUAAUUUUGUGACAGAUCCGAUUAAAGGCUUCCCUUGUGUACUCCGACUCGACAAUACGAUGCACUGCCUUGGAAAGACAAAAGGUCGAGCCCAUCCUCAGGUUCGGGAAGAUGUCCUCAAGAAAUUACGGGCCUUUUAUGCACCAGAGAACGAAAAAUUUUUCAAACUAAUCAAUAACAGGUUUCAUUGGUAG